CUGCCUCGACGCGUGGGGCCGGGCGCCGAUCCAUGCCGCCGCCGUAACGGCCGACUCACGCUGCCUGCCAAUGCUCAUCAAUGCCGGUGCCAACGCUAACGUGACAAGCGGUGCUAGGUGUGACAAUAAGACUGCCCUCCAUCUCAGUGCCGAGCAUGGUCAUGUGAGCAACAUCAAGGUGCUGCUGGACGCGGGCGCCUCCUUCAUUGCGAAGGAUCGCAACGGACUGACGGCGCUCGAUUUGGCAGAACGCAGCGGGCACGAGGCUUGCGUCGAACUGCUCAAGGAGGCGGCCGACACCCGCGAACAGAUUCGUACCCAGAAGCACAGGGCGCUACGUGAAGCGGUCACGGCGACAGAUGAGGGUGCUGUGCAGCUGCUUCUGGAGGGCAUCGGUGCCGAGCGGGAGAUCAUCGUCAACAUGGCACCGGGCGGGGCAAACACGCUUCUCUUUAUCGCGGCACAGGCCGGUUCGGAGCGAAUCGUGCAGAUGCUGCUUUCGGCCGGAGCGGACGGGCGGGCCCACGCCGUCACGAGAUACUCACCGCUGUACACGGCGGUCCACAAUGGACACGCCAAGGUGGCCGCAAUGCUGCUCGAGCGCUUUCCGCAGCUGGUGCAGCAGGUGACGGUCGAGCGCUGGUUGCCGUUCCACGCCGCGUGCAUCAACGGCCACAGUACGGUGGUGGAGAUGCUGAUACGGCACCCGUACGCCGAGGAGCUGCUCAGCACGUACCGUAGCCCGAACGGGGAGCUCGAGUGGCGGCUCGCGUUCGACCCGAACGCGCAGGAUGUGGCCGGCCAGACGGCACUGUACGUCGGCUGCCUGCUCGGCAACCCGCAGCUCGUGCAAACGCUGCUCUCGUGGCGCGUGAAGUGUGUCCGCCAAUCAUCGGAAAACGCCAGCAGCAAUACCACCACCAAUCCGCUCAGUCCCACCAGUCGGAAGAUUUCUUUCGGCAUCCAGUCGAUUAUGUCUCGGCUAAGUCUCAGCGGUCGCUCCGACCCGUCGAUGGACGCCGAGGGUGAUGACUGCGAGAUGCGCUGCCCCCUCGAUCUGGACAUACUGUGUGGGGCGGCUCGGGAAACUGCACUGCUGGCGGCGGUGCGCGGUGGCUUUCUAGACGUCGUUACGAUACUGCUAGAAAACGGGGCCGACCCGAACGUGAUAGCGCGCGCCGUGGAGGACCAAAACGAUCCCAAAUCGUCGGACGAAAUCUACGGCUUUUCGAACGUCCCGCUCGCCGAAGCGACCCGUCAAAAGUCGCUGCCGAUGGUGGAGCUGCUGCUGAAGCACGGAGCGCGGGACGAUCAGUCGGUGGCGCUCGGCAUCGCGGUGCAGAACGCCGACGAGCCGAUCAUAUGCCGGCUGCUGUCGAUCAAGGCGCACCCCGACCCGGACUACAAGAUCAACAAGAAGGCGUUCGCCGGCCAGGAACCGUCGGCGGCCGAGUACAGUGCGUCGCCGCUCGCGUUCGUCAAGCUGGGCAGCAACUGCACCUACAGCACGCUGUUCCCCAGCACGGCCACGAUGAUCAACUGGCACAGCAACAACUGCCGGCUCGGGCUGAUCCGGAUGAGCUGGCUGAGCGAGGCGGUGCUGCAAUGCAAUCGCAAGCUGCGAGCGCACCCGCAGUGCCACCGGCUGGCACUGGCCGCGCUGACGCGCAUUGACAUCUCGCACAACACGCUCACGACCCUGCCGGCGGAGCUGUUCACGCUGGGCAGCCUGCGCUAUCUGAACGCGGCCCAAAACAAGAUCGAGCGGGUUCCGCUGCCGGACGAGCUGCUGCCCGACUACCACUGUCCGGUGCUGGAGGAGCUCUACCUGCAGGACAAUCGGCUCGAGUGUGUGCCGGCCACGCUGUUCCGCCUGCCCAGCCUCACCAUCCUGGACGUGUCGAACAACAAGCUGCAGGAGCUGCCGUUCGAGAUGUGGAAGGCGCCGAAGCUGAAGGAGCUGAACGUGGCGUUUAACUUUCUAAAAGACCUACCCUCGUUGCCGCUGGCCGAAGCGGUGCCGAUCGGGGCCGACUGCGCCCGACUCGAUCUGCCUUCGCCCGGCCCGCCCGACGGUGUGCCCGGCGCGCUGUCUCGCAACCGGCACGUCACCAGCCUCGAGCUCGUUAAGCACCACAUCUGGGCACGCUCGCUCGAGGUGACCGAGCAGGAGCUGCGGCUGGUGGACGCACGGGCCGACAGUGCCCUGUCGCAGCUGAGCAGUCUCAACUUGGCGAACAAUUUGUUCACCAGCAUCCCGCUGGCGUUGCCCUGCCUGGCGGUCAACCUGACGCGGCUCAACAUGUCCUACAACAACCUGCGCUCGAUGGGCCACGUCACGAGCUACCCGGCGUCGCUGAAACAGCUCGAUCUCGGUCACAACGACAUCAGCUGCUGGCCGAGCCUGCCGCGUCUGACGGCGUCCGAUCCGCACCUCAUGUGCUACAACCCGCAGGAGUCGAAGAAGCAGCACACGGGCGCUGGGGACGGUGGCUCGAACAGCAUUACCUCGUUGCGGACGGCGGUACUGAAGAGUGUCUGCUGUCACCGGCGCCAUCUACGGCUCGAGUCGCUUCGAACGCUCGUACUGGCGAACAACCUGCUCACGCGCAUCCAACUUUCGACCGACGACGUGACGACGCUCGGCGAGUCGGAGGACGCCGAGUGGAGCCUGAUCGGACUGGCCAAGUCACGGCUCAUCUUUCCCAACCUAUCGAUGCUCGACAUCAGCAACAACUGCCUGAAGGAGAUCCCGCCCGCCAUCCACGAGCUGACCAACCUGAGCGUGCUGAACGUCAGUGGCAACGUGGACGUGACCGAGCUGCCGCCACACAUGGGGCUGCUUUCGCGGCUCUGGAACCUGAACACACGUGGCUGCCCGCUGCAGGAUCCGCUGCGCUCCAUGAUCGAGAGCAAGAAGUACAAGACGAUGGACAUAGUCGGGUACCUCAAGUCGGUGUACGAGGAUGCGCGCCCGUACGCGCGCAUGAAGUUGAUGGUGGUUGGCGUACAGGGCAUCGGCAAGACUAGCCUGCUGGAGCAGCUGCGCAGCGAGGGGUCGGCCCGGGGCAAGAAGCCCGUCGACCACUGGGCGAAGCGGAUGGGCCACCGGCACAUCAACCAGAAGACGUCGCGCGGUGCUAACAUGUCGACCGUCGGCGUAGACAUCGGCGACUGGGUGUGCGAGAAGAAGGUCCGCGGCCAGUCCAACCACGGUCCGGUGGUGUUCCGCACGUGGGACUUUGGCGGACAGCGUGAGUACUACGCCACGCACCAGUACUUCCUGUCCAAGCGCAGCCUCUACCUGGUGCUGUGGCGCAUCAUCGAUGGGCGGCGCGGGCUGGCCGAGGUGCUCCAGUGGCUCGGCAACAUCCAGGCGCGUGCCCCCAACUCGCCCGUCAUCAUCGUCGGGACGCACUACGACGCGGUCGGUGAAACGCUGCCGGCGAAGAAGGCCGAGGAGUUGCAGCAGCUCAUCCGUGACCGGUUCAUCGCCGUGUCGGACGCGGAGAAGAUUGGGCUGCCGCGCGUGCUGGACUCGAUCGAGGUGAGCUGCCGCACCGGCCACAACAUCAAGCUGCUGGCCGGGCUCAUCUACGACACGGCGUUCUCGCUGCGGCCGCCCGGCUGCAAGGAACCGCUGCUGUACCAGCGCGUCCCCGCCAGCUACCUGGCGCUCGAGGACGUGGUCGCGCAGAUCGCGGCCGCUCAGCGCCAGCAGGGCGCCGACCCGGUGCUGGACGCCGAGCGCUACCGCCAGCUGGUGACGCACGAGAUGCAGCAGCGCGGCCUCAAGGGCUUCCGCGACUGGUCCGAGCUGAACCAGGCCACCAUGUUCCUGCACGACAACGGUGUCCUGCUGCACUACGAUGACGCGACCCUGCGCGACCUCUACUUCCUCGAUCCGCAGUGGCUGUGCGAUAUGCUGGCGCACGUCGUCACGGUGCGCGAGAUCAACCCGUUCGCGCGCACCGGCGUCAUGAAGAUGGACGACCUGCAGCACGUUUUCAAGAGUUCCUGUCUCGGUAGCAACAACCAUCGCGGAUACAUCGUCAGUCUGCUGAACAAGUUUGAGGUAGCGCUUUCGUGGGACGCCCGGACCCUGCUGAUACCUUCGCUGUUGCCGACGGAGGAGGACAGCAACUCGGAUCGGAUGGUCACGGUGAAGGUAAGCGAUCUAGAUCCGAAUCGGCUCAUAGCCUUUCCCUACGUUACGUAUUCUCUUAUUUUAGUAAAUUUGAUUUAUUCGGAGGAAGUUGCGCCGGAGGUGCAGACGGUCCGACAUCCGGACCGCUCGAUCUCCCGGCUGCUGCUCAUGUCCUACUUCCCGUCCGGUUUCUGGUCGCGGCUCAUCACGCGCGUCCUCGCCGACGACCAGGUGGUGGAGGCGGUGCGUGGUCUCUAUCCGCUUCCGCGCGAGCUGCUGGAUUUUGGCGGAACGGAGGAGCUGCCAGCGUUGGCGGCGCACUGGGCCGUGUGGCAGACGGGGCUGGCGUUGCACUACGGGCCGUCGACGGUGGUGUUCAAGAUGCGCGAGAUUGCCGUCACCUGCCCGAGCUCGCCGUACCGCAAUCCGAUGAAUCGCUUCAAGCUGAAGCAGGACGGUAUCUGGUGCGACAUCGACCUGACGACCAGCUCCAUCCUGGAGAUACAUUUUCCCUGUAGCACACUGCGGGUGACGGUACCGGGGGCUGAUGGGGCUCCGGCGUGUGAACUCGAGCCGAGUGUGCAGUGCCUGACGCAGCUGUUGGCCCUCACCGUCGACCACAUCGAUCUGCUGCUGGAGGACUGGUAUCCGACGCUCGGCACACGGUUCGUACACACGUCCGAGGGCCGGUUCCUGGUGACGCGUCUCGUGCCCUGUCCACGGUGUUUGCGUGAGUGCGAAGAGCGCCACGCACCCAACCUCCCGUCACAGGUGAAACCCUGCUCGGCGGCGCACAACCAGCGUGCACCCAUCGGCGAACGGCCGGCCGGCGGAUCGCUGGUCGGGGGCGAAUCGAGCGGUGGCGGACUGAACGAACUACCUGGCAUUCUGCACGAUACGAAUCCGGCCGCCGGCCGCAAGUCGCAGGACUCGCUCGGCUGGUCCGACUGUGACUCGGGCGUGGGCCAGGAGACGGCGGACAGCUCGAGCGAAACGUCCAUCGAGGGCUAUCCGCUGGUGCUGACGGGCGAGGGCUCCCCAAGCUACUCGUGGAUGGUGGAGGAGUGCAUCCUUGCGGCUUACGAUCGGAAGCUGGUCUCCUGUCCGGUGCACGGCGAAAUCGAACUCAGUCGCAUCACGCCUGAUGUGAACUUUAUGGACCUGCCGGAGCGGUACCUGAUCCGCUCGAGUGACAUCAGCCGUGGGCCGCUGCUCGGGCGCGGUGCGUUCGGGUUCGUGUUCAAGGCGACGUGCAAGACCCGUUUCGCUCCGACCCGCCCCGGUGGCACCUCGCCCGGGCCCGCUACGACGAUCAACGUCGCCAUGAAGAUGCUGCAGCCCGUCGCUCCGGGGCCACGCGCUCGCCAGAGCGCCAUCAUCGCGUACAAGGCGGCGCUGGGCAAGUGGGAACGCGAUCCGCUUCAGCAUGCCUGCAAAGCGUACUGUACGGCCCGGCAGGAGCUGGCCGUGCUGCUGACCCUUCGCCAUCCACACAUCGUGCCGCUGGUCGGUGUCUGCACGCAACCCCUGGCGCUCGUGCUCGACCUGGCGCCGAAGGGGGCGCUCGAUGCGGUACUGCGACACUACCGGCGCAGCGGGGCCCGCAUCGGGCCGUACUGCUUCCAGGCGCUCGUGCUACAGGCAGCCAAAGCGAUGGAGUACCUGCACCAACGUCGCGUCAUCUACCGCGACCUGAAGGCGGAGAACAUUCUCGUCUGGGAGUUCCCGGAACCUCACGGCGCGGACCAUCCCGCCAACGCGGUGCACAUCAAGGUGGCAGACUAUGGCAUCAGCCGCAUCACGCUGCCGUCCGGCUCGAAAGGUUUCGGCGGCACCGAGGGCUUCAUGGCGCCGGAGAUCAUGCGGCACAACGGCGAGGAGGAGUACACCGAGAAGGUGGACUGCUUCUCGUUCGGCAUGUUCCUGUACGAGCUGAUCUCACUCCGGCAGCCGUUCGAGGGGCACGAGGCGGUGAAGGAGUGCAUCCUCGAGGGGGGCCGGCCAGUGCUGACGCACCGCGAGACGCACUUCCCGUCCUACUGCCUCGACCUGAUGGUGCUGUGCUGGGACCAGCAGCCGAAGGUGCGCCCGUCGGCCAGCCAGAUCGUGUCGAUUGCGACCGCGCCGGAGUUCACGCACCUGCUGGAUGUGAUCUCGCUGUCGCACGGUGGCAGCGUGCUCGAUGGCAUCGCCUGUAUGAUAGCGAGCGCGGACGAGGAGACGACGGUGGCGUCCGGGUACGAGCUGUGGCUGCCGUGCUCCAACUCGCGCAUCGACAUCCUCGGUGGGACGGCCAAGGGCUGGCAGCAGUACCACCGCAUCCUGUGCCCGCAGGUGAAGACGGGCCCGGCGGGAUCGAGCGGCGGAGGCGGGUCGUCGCAGCCCACCACGCCGCAUCUGCUGAAGACGAUCAAGCUGACGACGGCGUGCGCUGUCGAGUCGGCCGUCUGGAUCGGCGACGCCGAGGGUAACAUCUACGCGUUCCACGCAGCCGACUGCGCGCACCAGUUCUCGUACGCACUCGAGCCGUCGACACCGUCGCCCGUGGUGGCGCUCGUCUACCUGAAGAAGUUCCACCGCGUGGCGGCCGGGCUCGAGAACGGGCGCCUGUUCCUGCUCGACUCGACGCUCAUCCCGAGCACGUGCGUGUCGGCCGAGGGCAGCUUCGUGCUGUCGGAGCUCGGUUCCGGCGAGCGGCUGUGCUCGGUGACCGCGCUCUGGCUGUCGGAGGACGAGUGCGAGCUGUGGUGCGGGGAGCGCGACGACGCCAUCAGCGUGUUCUCGCUGCGCCACUCGCACGUGUCCGGCCAGCACCACCUCACGCACUUCCCGGCGCCCGUCCCGGUGCGCGGAUUGAGCGUGGCGCUGCUGUACGCGUCGGCCGACGACUACGUGUUCUCCUAUCUCGCGCCGAGCUACAUCCUCUACCAGUGGCGAUCGUCCAGCAAGCGCGUCGAGAACAAGCUGGACUGCACCAAGCUGGUACCGUGCUCGGAGAGCCUCAAGAGCAUGCCGAUCGACGAGCGGCUCAGCCCGGGCAAGUCGCAAAUCAGCGCCCUGGCCGUGCUGGGCAACGAGCUGUACAUCGGCACCGCCUGGGGCUGCAUUAUUGUGGUGGAGCGGGGCAGCCUGCGGCCCACCACCGUCUUCCGCCCGUUCGAGGAGGACGUACGGUGCAUCGUGCCGGUGGUACCGGCCAUCACCGGGGGCGGCGGUAUCACCGCACCCCUGGUCGUCACCAUCGGACGCGGCUACCGGUCGCUGAUCGAGCGCUACACGGACGCGACGACAAGCGGGACCGCCUCGAUGCGCCAGCUGGCAACGACGCCGACGAGCCAGGACAAGCGCCUCAAGGAGUCGCUGCUGCGCGACCGCUCCAACCACAUACACGCGCUCAUCUGGUCCGCCGAACACUGGGCUCCUAUCUAAGGCGACGGCGUGCCCGGGAGGGUGGAUCGUGGAUCUGUGAUUUGAUUUAACUAACUGUUUUAACUCACCGUUUUCGCUUUCGCAGCAAAACCCGAGCAUGCGAACGGCGCGAACAUUGUAGGAUAGGGGAGCGAGAGAGAGAGAGAGAGAGACAGAGAGAGGCCGUAUAAACGAUUAGUAAAACAAAUGCAAAAUAGCUAUUUUAUCAUCAUCUUCAUUUUUGGUUUUUAGUACGUGGCAGAACCAGGCAGCGAUCAUGGAACAGGCUAGGGGGGGGGGGGGGGGGGGGAGGUCUCUCUGGGGACGGUGCUAGCAUUAUUUUGCGAAGCUUUGUAACGCAGGAAAUGUGGGAAAAGCGACAGAUGCGGAGAUUUGUU